AUGCCAGCACCUGUUCUCGGAGUCGCAAGCGAUCAAAAUGGCAACACGGUAACAAUAGCCCAGGACCCACCGGAAGCGCUUCCGCAGCUAUGCGCAAGAGUGCACCAGAGAGUUGAGGCGUUCCUUAAUGCUGAGCCGGCGACGGAAAGAUUACGGCAUGUACAAGAUCAGAGCAGACUGUCUCUCAAGGUCCUAGAGGAGGCGCUGGAGCGGUAUAGUCUAGAUGAGCUGUCGCUGUCGUAUAAUGGCGGCAAGGACUGUCUCGUGCUGCUCAUCCUAUACCUCAGUGCCCUGCAUGUGCAUUUCACAGGAAAGAAGGCUGGAUCGAACGGCUCAGCAAACGACAGCACACACCCUCCUCCCCCCAGGCUGCCUCAAGCGCUUCGCUCCGUUUACAUAGUAUCCACACACCCGUUCAAGCAAGUCGAUGACUUCGUCGAGGAUUCUGUGCGGACAUACCAUCUAAACCUGGCACGCUACGCCAAGCCGAUGAUGGAAGCAUUUGCGGACUACUUGAAGGACAACCAGAAUGUUAAAGCGAUCUUUGUCGGCACACGACGUACAGACCCUCAUGGUGGGAGUUUGAAGCACUUUGAUCCUACAGAUAGAGGGUGGCCGCCGUUCAUGCGAAUACACCCGGUAAUAGACUGGCAUUACGCUGAGAUAUGGACGUUCAUACGACAUCUGGAUAUACCGUAUUGUUCAUUGUAUGACCUUGGCUAUACGAGUCUGGGUGGUACGACGGAUACGCAUCCGAACCCGGCGCUGAGAGAUGACCCAGGUGGCGGAGAGGGUGGCGAGCACUUUAGGCCGGCGUAUGAGCUGGUAGAGGACGGCGAGGAAAGAUUGGGAAGGGACCGGUGA